GUGGUCUACUGUCUUCUUCUGUGGUCUACUAUGGUCUACUGUGGUCUAGCGUGGUCUCCUGUGGUCUACUGUGGUCUAGUGUGGUCUACUGUCUUCUUCUGUGGUCUAGUGUGGUCUUCUGUGGUCUACUGUCUUCUUGUGUGGUCUACUGUGGUCUACUGUCUUCUUCUGUGGUCUAGUGUGGUCUAGUGUGGUCUACUGUCUUCUUCUGUGGUCUACUGUCUUCUUCUGUGGUCUACUAUGGUCUACUGUGGUCUAGUGUGGUCUCCUGUGGUCUACUCUGGUCUAGUGUGGUCUCCUGUGGUCUUCUGUGGUCUAGUGUGGUCUACUGUGGUCCUGUGUAGCCCACUCCUCAUCUCCACCUCCAUCUGCCUGAUGGAUCAUGGAGGUCUGGAUCGUGGUCCAUGCCGACUACCAACUAUUCAUACACUCUGUCAUACUCAUUGACAUCUAUUGUUCAUCUAGUCACAUGACAUCUAUUGUUCAUCUGGUCACAUGACAUCUAUAGUUCAUCUGGUCUCAUGACAUCUAUUGUUCACCUGGUCACAUGACAUCUAUUGUUCAUCUGGUCACAUGACAUCUAUUGUUCAUCUGGUCACAUGACAUCUAUUGUUUAUCUAGUCACAUGACAUCUAUUGUUCAUCUGGUCACAUGACGUCUAUUGUUCAUCUGGUCACAUGACAUCUAUUGUUCACCUGGUCACAUGACAUCUAUUGUUCAUCUGGUCACAUGACAUCUAUUGUUCAUCUGGUCACAUGACAUCUAUUGUUCAUCUGGUCACAUGACAUCUAUUGUUCAUCUGGUCACAUGUCAUCUAUUGUUCACCUGGUCACAUGACAUAUAUUGUCCAUCUGGUCACAUGACAUCUAUUGUUCAUCUAUUGUUCAUCUGGUCACAUGACAUCUAUUGUUCAUCUGGUCACAUGACAUCUAUUGUUCAUCUGGUCACAUGACAUCUAUUGUUCAUCUGGUCACAUGUCAUCUAUUGUUCACCUGGUCACAUGACAUCUAUUGUUCAUCUGGUCACAUGACAUCUAUUGUUCACCUAGUCACAUGACAUCUAUUGUUCAUCUAGUCACAUGACAUCUAUUGUUCUGUCCAUCCUGGAGAGGGAUCCUCCUCUGUUGCUCUCCUGAAGGUUUUUUCUCUUUUUUCCUUGUGAAAGGUUUUUUUGGGAGUUGUUCCUGAUCCGAUGUGAGGUCAAAGGUCAGGGAUGUCUAUGUGUUCAGAUUGUAAAGCACUCUGAGGGGAAUUUGUGAAAUUGGGAUAUACAAAAUAAACUGAAUUGAAUAGUGUGGUCUAGUUUCGUCAAUUAAAUUAAAUUCGGUUCACAGAUAAAUGGCCUGACUAUUUCUUUACUCUAUGGGAAAUGAUUUCUCCCUGCUUUAUUUAUAGUUUUUUUACUAUGGUAUUGUUUUUGUUUCUUUAUUUGUAUGUGUUUUAAAAAAAUAAAAAAAUACUUCUCUUCAUACAUAGAAUCUGAAAUUUUUAAAAACGUGUAUGUGAGAUUCUGAACACUAAUAAAAUAUAAAUAAUUAAAUUUGGUUUAUUUUAUAGAGCCCAAUAUCACAAAUUAUGAAUCAGCAGUGCCAUGGCAUCAGACCACCAGGUCCAAUGGACCCUCUGAGACGUGAAGUCAAAAGGACUCUGGAGAGGUGAACCUGGUUCAGGUCUAACGAUAAGACCAUCAAGAGGAAAGUCUUCAGUCUACGUGAGGGGGCGGAGCCUCCAGGACUGAAGGAGGUCCAGGAGGAGGUGAGCAGGGAGCAGCAGCUCAGUGUGUGCAGACAGGGAGCAGAGCAGGAACUCACUGUGCUCCUCAGACCAGGACCGGAGCACCAGGAGCUCACCGUGCAGGAUGCCAACAGAGCAUCAGUCUUCCAGUGCUCUGUCUCCAAGGAGAUGGACUGCUGCCAGGUGGGAGGACAGUCCUUCCUGGUCACCGUGGGCAACCAAAGCCUCCUGCUGCGCUUCAAGACUCCGACUGACAUGAAGAGCUUUCAGCGGUCAUUGAAGAGAGGGGACGAUGAAGAGACUAGGAAAGGUUGCACAGAAGACAACGAGAGAGGAAACAAGGAUGUAGAGGGAGGCCAAACAAGACAUCAAGGGACUGAAGAUGGCCCUGCACAGGGCUACCAGUUCCACAGCUGUUUGUCCCAGAACCAGAGCCUGCUCCAGGACUACCUGAGGAUCGCCACCUACCAGAGAGCCAUUCUCCUCAAUGAGAGUGACUUCAAAGACAAGGUGGUUCUGGAUGUGUGUUGUGGUUCUGGUGUUCUGUCUUUCUUCGCGGUCCAGGCUGGAGCCAGCAGAGUGUACGCCGUGGAGUCCAACCCGAUGGCCCAGUUUACUCAGAUCCUGGUCCAGAACAACGGCUUGUCUGAGCGGAUCCGGGUCCUGGAAGGGAAGGUGGAGGAGGUCAGCUGUCCCGACAUGGUGGACGUCAUCGUCUCCGAGCCCAUGGGAUACAUGCUGCUGAAUCAGAAGCUCAUGGGGAGCUUCUUGUGGGCCCGGAAAUGGCUCAAGCCCAAUGGUCUGAUGUUCCCCUCCUAUGGUGAUAUUCAUCUGGCUCCCUUCAGUGAUGAGCAGCUCUACUUCGAACAUCACGCAAGAACUACUUUCUGGCAGCAGAGGAGCUUCUAUGGAGUGGACCUGAGCGCUCUGCACGGCGCCGCGGGGGACGAGUUCUUCAGGCAGCCCAUCGUGGACUCCUUUGAAGUCCAGGUUCUGAUGGCCCGGUCGGUCCGGCACCGCAUCAACUUCAUGGAGGCUAAAGAAGAAGAUCUCCACAGGAUGGAGAUCCCCUUCGUGUUCCCCCUGCUGCAGUCGGGUCUGGUCCACGGUCUGGCCUUCUGGUUCGACGUGGCCUACUCAGGGUCCAGGGCGACAGUGUGGCUCUCCACGGCUCCCUCUGAGCCUUUGACCCGCUGGUCUCAGAUCAGGUGUUUGCUCCAGACGCCGCUCUACGCCAAGGUGGGGCAGACUCUGUCUGGGACGGUUCUGCUGGAGGCCAACGACAGGUACCGCUUCAAAGGUUCUCCUGGAGGUCCACAGAGGAACCAGCACCACCGUGGAGUCUCCAUGAGUAUGUUCUGCGACGGGAGUGAAUCAUCAACAUGUUCCACUUCCAGGCAGAGCUAUGACAUCAUCAUCACUGCCACAGUCGACCAAUCAGGCUUCAGAUCUGGAAACGUCCUGGACCUCAAGGACCCCUUCUUCAGGUGGGAGAAGCAGGAAGCCUUUCAUUGAGGUGAGGGGGGGCAGAGGUCCCUCUACAGGAGGACCGUGAGUCACGUGAACAUGAGCAACACGCGCACCUCCUGAAGAAUCCAGCAGGGGGCAGCAGAGCCAAGACGAGACGGCCUCAAGACACUGCCAAGCAUUCACUGACCUCAAUAUAGCUUCAAGAUUCAAGAUUCAAGAUGUUUUAUUUGUCACAUACACACACAGGGUGUGCAGUGAAAUGAAAGUGGCAAUGCUCAGCAGGAAUGUGCAAGGGCAACAAGUACACACUAUUUACAAUAAAAAACAACACAAUAUUUACAGUAA